UCGCUGAUCAUUUGAAGAUCAAUAACGUUAUUUACAGGUUAAUAGCAAUUGUGAUUUAAAUAAGAUUACGGUUAAAGUCUGUACUGAGACAGCCCAAUGAAGAGAUCGUUAAGGGAGUGUCUUUAAACAUAUGCGUUUUCAUUCAAAGGCCCACGAUGUGCAUUCCAACAGCCAUCUGAACUGCGAAAAAUGUUUCCGCAAGACAGCAACCAUGCACACAAUGUACUUUCAUCAUUAAACCAGCAGAGGACGCUAGGGCGGUUUUGCGACGCCGCCCUGGACGUUGGCGAUGGGGUCGUGUACAUGGCCCACCGCAACGUCCUCGCCUGUUGCAGUGAUCUCUUUCGAGAAGAUGACUACCCAAGCAGGGAGGUUCGUCUUACCGACUGCCCUAACGACGGGCUGGAGCUCCUGCUCAACUUUGUCUACACAGGAGAGCUAAAGCUGGACGCCUUGAACUUGGAUAAGGUGCGGUGUGCUGCGGUGUGCCUGUGUGUGCCACAAGCACUUGCACUGUGUCAGUCCUUUAGCGAAAGCUUAAGAGAACCCGUGCCAGUGAAGCGCAAACGAGGAAGACCUAAGAAGGCCAGGGAAACAAUUGAGCCCUAUUCAAUCCAUGAAGAAACGGGCGCUUAUGUGCCCAGUGCAGAAUCAUCCACUUCCAGCCCCCAUGACAAUGUGACCACAAAGGUCACCACCAUCACACGCUCGGGACGCAAAGUCAAGUGCCCUCGUCGCCUGCCAGGGGAGACCUGUGAACCUCCAGCGCGGGAUAACGGCAGCACAGGAGCCCCGCAUGUCAGCCCGGUGGAUAUGAGCAAUCACUGUGCACCGAUUGACCGGACCCCCGUGCAUUCGAGCAGAGAAACACAGAUGUCCGAGGUCCAGAUGGACCUCACGGACGCGCUGGGUCACGACCUCCAUCAGGAGACGGAGGACGGGGGCGGCGGUUUCGAUGCGGUCGACGAAGACUCGGACGAGGAGUACGUCCCCGUCGCCGAGCCGAGUGCAGUCCCGGCGUCGAGUGGAAGGAGUAAAGUCCCCCAGAAGGCUGAGAAGAAGGAAAACGGCGAGGCCACAGAAGCCGACCCCAAAAAGCCGUCUGUGCAGUGUCCUGUUUGCAACAAGACCUUCCGCAGUAAAUACUACCUCAAGGUUCACAACAGGAGGCACACAGGCGAAAAGCCCUUUGUGUGCAGUAAGUGUGGGAAGCGGUACUUCAGGAAAGAGAACCUUCUGGAACACGAGGCCAGAAACUGUUCCAAAGUGGUGACAUUUUCUUGCACUAUAUGCCCCUCGGUGUUCAAGAGAAAACAGGAGUUUCGUUUACACAUGAUCUCCCACACAGGAGACAUGCCCAAUAAGUGUACGUCAUGCCCUGAACAGUUUAUGCAAAAGAGGGAUCUGACGAUGCACUUGAUCAAGAUCCAUGGCUUUGCCAAACCGCACGCAUGUUCCCAGUGCACCAAGGGCUUCCUGACGCGCACAGAGCUGCGCGUGCACGAGGCCGCAAAGCACCGGGGGGAGAAGCCCUUUGUGUGCGAGGAGUGCGCCCACCGCGCCUCGAGCAGGAACGGGUUGCAGAUGCACAUCAAAGCUAUUCACAGAAACGAGCGGCCCUUCGUGUGCAGCUACUGUGGCCAUGCGUUCACCCAGAAGACCAACCUGAUCAUGCAUUUGCGCGUGCACACUGGUGAACGGCCGUAUCAGUGCCAUCUCUGUGGCAAGACCUUCAGGACGCACGCCAGUCUAGACAAGCACAACCGGACCCACACGGGUGAGCGCCCCUUCGGCUGUGAGUUCUGCGAGCACCGCUUCACGGAGAAAGGCCCGCUUGUUCGCCACAUCGCCAGCAGGCACCAGGAGGGGCGGCCUCACUGUUGUCACAUAUGUGGCAAAACCUUUAAAGCCUUGGAACAACUUCGAGUUCACCUGCGGCGCCACAAGGGAGUGAGGAAGUUUGAAUGUGUCGACUGUGGCUACAAGUUCACCCGACAGGCUCACUUGCGACGUCACAGUCUCAUCCACAAACGCAUGGAGAACUACAACCCCAAACAAAGGAAGCUGAGGAACCUCAUCAUAGAGAGCCAGGCCGAGGGCGAAGCCACGCAGUCCCCCAAGGCAUUGACGCUGAGUGCCUCGCACGACCCCCUCCCCCUGGCCCUGCCGAUCCAGGAGGAUCCGAGCCAGCAGUUGUCCCUUCUGGACCCGGACAGCUUUGUUCCCGUGGUGGUGAUGGAGGACGGGGUAUCCAUAAAGGCCCUGGUGGUAGGGGACGGAUGCCCGGGGAACAUCGUCCCCGUCUCGGGGGUCUUGCAGCAGACUCAGCUGGAGCCGGGCUCGUACACCACGGUGGUAUUGGAGCGGAUUGCAGAGAACCUAGCAGUGCCAGAGCGAGAGCUGAAGGAGACAUAACGACUGACACGCUCAUGAUCCACGUACAGCCUCAAGGGAACGAUCCGUCCCCCAUUCCAACCUUCCUGAAAAGUGUGGUUGAAAAGCAUUUUGUGUGAGCAUGUGUUAGCAUAAUCAAGAGUUGAAACUAUGAAUCUUUGAUGUUUGGGUGUUGACAUGCCUAGUGUGAAAGUAAAUGUCUCUAAAUAGAAGGACAAAAUAAACCAUUGCUUUAUUGGUUGUUUAGUAUUAAAGACAAGAAAGGAGUAACAUGGGGUGCAAAUUCGAAGAAGGGGAAAUAGAAAUCGGUCUUAUCGGCUGCAACAAAAUCAUUGGUCAAGAUCAGUGACCUCACCGAUCAAAAACUGAUCAUCCUGGAGCACAAGAGGCUGUAACUUAUUUGCUCAUUUAACCUUGUCUUGUUCACCACAGAUCAUGAAUUAGAUUAGUGUAGCUUGACUGUCAAAAGCAGCAAAACAGACAUGAAGCAGCAUACUACACAGACUGGGUUUUAUUUCUGCUACCCUUCGAGACAUCAAUGUUACACAAACACAUUACAUUCAGGCAACAAAGGAUAUAUAUAUAUAGGAAAAUAGCUUAAACAAUACUAAUAUAUGUAUGAAAACAACAUAACCUAUUAAGAAAAGUGUUACUUCGAAGACUAUUUUACAAAAAAACAAAUUGAGAGAUUUGUAGCACUUCCAGUUGUGUUUGAAAAUCCACCACCGCAAACCACUGCUGGGUUACAACUAAUAAAACAAUACAAAAGCAUAAAUAUAUAUAAAAAAGAAAACAUUCAAAAAUAUACUUUUCCAUGCACAUUAUGUACUGGAACCCAGAAAUAUCUCUGCCAAGGAUCAGGAGUGAACAUUAUUUUUAAUAGGGCAACCGGUCCGAUUUAGACCACAUCAAGAAAAUGUCGGGUUUGGUUAAGUUUUUCAAAACGCUAAAGAGGUUAGUUUUCUUCUGUGACAAAAGUGAUUAAAUAAAAGUGAUGAAUUGCAAUUUGAAACUCAGCAAGAUUGUAAACAGCUUUAAAGGUGCAACGCUUGACAACAACAGAGAUGGGAGCUGUUGUUUAGUCAAAUUCAUAAUCAGGAGUUAGAAUACGUGGACCUGGGAUUAUUGUACACGUGACAUUCUACAUAACAUUGGCGAAUCAGCCCCCACAGAGCAUGUCCGUGUUGAUCAGGCUAACAAAAGGUCGGGAGUUAAGCUUUAGGAAUGUUAGCGGGUGUCGAGGGAUAUUAUUGAUUCUCAACGGAUUCUCGACCUCAACCGUGCUACAUUUUGAUUUUAACUGACGAAAAAAAUCAA